CGAUGAGUCGCGUCGCGGUUUGCCAGCGGCCAUCUUUGUCACAUUUGACGUUUACGGCGGCGCUCGGCUUGGUGUCUCGGCGUUAAAUAUUUUAAUUUUACUCAUAAUAAAUUGUUUGUGCUGGUGCUAUCCUUUUGCGGAGAUAUUUCGAGCUUUUCUUUUAUAACAAGAUGGCGAAUCGUAGACCGCAAAGCAACAGUGGGCGUCGUAUGGACUUCCAACGCAAUGAUCGCGGGAAGAACUUCGGGCGCAGCGGAGUGUCGCCGUGGCAGGGCAGCGGCCCUGGCGGCGGCAUGCCCAACCUGCUCCCCCUCUCAGGGGGCUCUACUGAGGCUACUCUCGCUCUAGCCAACAACAUCAUCAAUCUUCUACAACCUCGUCAGAACCCUGUCCCCUCACUCCUCGACAUGCCUAUCAGACGUGAUUUCGGGCCCAAUGUGGGUCGGUAUGAUCGUGGUUACGGACCUACCAGGGUAAGUACAAUCUUUUAAAAAGGGUUUGGAAAGCUACAGGAGUAGGACUUCAGUAUAAAUUAUAUUUUACAGUUGCAAUGACCUAUGCAUCAUUCAAAUUUCUUUACUGUCUGGUAUUAUAAAUACUCUGUCAGAACUGAAAAUGUUAGAUCUUGUGCAAACUUUUCCUGCUUUAAUGUUUAUAUUAUCUAGUACCUAAUUCCUCCAUUAUUUUCAUGCAUGAGAAAAUAUAAUUUACUGAGAGCCUCUUUGCUGGAUCCCAGAAUCUUCAGUUAUAGUGCAAAUAAUUUCAUAAUCACAUUUUAAUGACAAAUCUGAAGUAUUUCAAAUUUCAGCAUCUCUUCAUGGCUCGUAGAGCCUGGCAGACUUCUUACUAACACACAUGUUCUGAUCAAUUCCCUUUAGAUGGGCAAUCAAGGUAAUUUCCGGCGUACGGGAACUUACAAUCGCUCCGGUGAGCGUGUCAACAACAAUCGUAAACCAUAUAGGCCCAAUGAUGGGCAAAGGCAACAAAACAAGAGUUCCCCGAAAAAGGAGGCCGAUUCAAAGGCUAAACCUGUUAAGGAGAGUGAAACAGAAGAGAAGAAUGAUGCUGCUUCAACUGAACAAGAUAAGGAGAAGGGUGAUGACACCAAGAAGGAGGCUCCGAAGACCAGAUACGAUGACAUCAACCCUCAGCUGUUGAAGUGUCACAUCUGUAACAAGAGCAUGUGGGACGGCAGGUCCUUUGAGAACCAUCUGAGUGGACGAGCUCAUGCCAUUAUGAUGACGAAGACUGCGGAGAGCUAUGCCCUAACCGCGGAUACCAUGCGACAGGAGUUCAAGAUCCGCGAGAUGAAACGCACCCGUAAAGCAGGUCAGCAGCCAGCCAGGGACUUCUACUGCGCGAUGUGUGACAUGUACGCGGCUGACGGAGCCAUCCACCGAACCACUGUGGGACAUCGCAAGCUGAAGAAGUACCUGCAUCCCACCUGUACAUCCUGCCACAAGGAGAUGCCCACCAGGAUCGAGCUCGACGAGCAUCGCCUCACUGCCGAGCAUUUGAGGAAUAUGCAGGAUAAGCAGGAGAUUAUUACCAAGCCUAAGCCUGAGGUGAUGGUUAUCUCGACCCUGAACAUGGAGCAAAUGUACCUGCGCGAGGAUCGGCAGCGUCGUCGCCGCAACGAUGACAAGAAUGGAACGGACAAAGAUGGUGAUGAUGCUGAGGCUAAGGAUGGAGAAGGAGAAAACCAGGAUGAAGUUAAGAAUGAGGCGGAAGGUGAAGCCAAGCCUGAGGGUGAUGCAGAAGAGAAGAAGUCCAAGCUGGAUAAUGAAAAGACCAUUCUGGAUUACAAGGAGGGUGAUGAUUUGACCGGAGCCACCCAGGAUAUGUUCCCUGCUUACAGCACUGAACGUGGUGUAGGCGGUUCAUUCCUCUCCGAGUUCCGCUGCGUACAAUGCAGCCUCUGCCGCAAGCUGCUGGAUACUGAUGAGACCGCUCAGGUCCAUCUCCGGACUUGGAGACAUCAUCAGCUCUUCACCAGACUCCUUGCUGAGAAGAGUGGCACUCAAUUGGGUAAUGACACAAACAGUAACAAGAGACCGUUGGACGCUGAUGACAAUUCCGAUGCCAAGCGUCGCAAGGUUGAUGAUGAAACCGAGCAGAAUGGACAUGAGAAUGGUGAAGAAAAUAAAGAAGAUGAACUCCUGGAUUCAGCUGCGGAGGAUUCCAUCUUGAACAAAGAGGAUGGUGAGGGUGGUGAUGGUGGCGAGGACAUGGAGAACUGGGAGCAGACCGUCGAUGAGAUCUUGGAGGAUGAGAAAAAUGGCCCAGCACAAGAAGAACAACCAGCACCAGAGCCACCAAAGCAAGAGGAACCAGUGAAGCAGGAGCCAGAGAAACCUAAGACUCCACCACCAGUAGCCGCUGUCGCCGCCGUGGAUGAGCGACCCCGGGGCUCCCCGCGCGGACGUGGACGCGGCCGGGGAAGGGGCCGCGGACGGUAUUAGGAACCAUACUACACAC